AUGAAUCUAUCAUUACAAGAUCCAUUUUCAGUUGCAAAAGAGUUUCCAGAACAAUUAACUAAUAAUCUUAACUUUGGUCAUUCAGUUACUAUACAAUUUAAUUAUAAAGGAGAUUAUUUAGCUAGUGGUCUAAUAGAUGGUUCAAUUGUUAUUUAUGACUGUUCAAUUUCAAAUGGUGGUAUAAUAGCUCAUUUAAAUGAAUAUAGUCAUAUACGACCUAUUACUUCUAUUAAUUGGUCUAAAUGUGGUAGAUAUUUAUUAACUACUUCUCAAGAUUGGUAUGUUAAAUUAUGGGAUUUAAAUAAAAUUAAUUCAAUGCCGAUUAUACGACAAAUUAAAUUUGAUGGUCCAAUUUGGUCAGCUAAUUUACAUCCAAAUGAUAAAUUUAAAUUUGUUGCUUCUCUAUAUGAAGAUUCUCCUGUUUAUGUUGAUUUGACAAAUGAAAAUUCUCCAAAAAUUAUAAAAUUAUCAACAACUCCAUUAGAAUUAGAAAAUUGGGUUAUGGAUGGUGAACAACUUAAAAAGAAAUCAAAGAAAAAUGAAAAACAUUUAACUUUAGUUUGUAUAUUUACAAAAGAUGGUAAAUAUAUUUUUACAGGUACAAGUAAAGGUUGGCUAAAUAUUUUUGAAACUGAAACAUUGAAAAUUAUUCAUUCCAUCAAAAUAUCAAAUUCAAAUAUUAAAAAUUUAGCAUUAUCUUCAAAUGGUAGAAAAUUAGCUAUAAAUUCAUCUGAUAGAGUAAUUAGACAAAUUAAUUUAUCUGAUUUAAUUAAUGAACAAGCUAUAAAUAAUCAAGAUGAAAAAUUUGAUUUUGAAAUUGAACAUAAAUAUCAAGAUGUUGUCAAUAGAUUACAAUGGAAUUCCCUUACAUUCAAUCAUAAUGGUGAAUUUCUAAUAGCAAGUACUCAUGGUCAAUCAUCACACGACUUGUACAUUUGGGAAACUUCAAAUGGCUCUUUAAUCAAAAUUCUAGAAGGAAGCAAUGAAGAACUUAUAGAUACAAAAUGGAAUUAUCCUAAAUGUUGUAUUGGUUCUAUAGGUAUUGAUAGUGGAAUGAUUUAUUUAUGGCAAAUUCAAUUUCCUCAAAAAUGGAGUGCAUUAGCUCCAGAUUUUGUAGAAGUAGAAGAGAAUAUUGAUUACAUCGAAAAAGAAGAUGAAUUUGAUAUAAUUGAUGAAACAGAAUUGAAUAAAAAAAGAUUAGAAAAAGAAGAAGAAGAUGUAGUAGAUGUUAUAACAAAAGACUCAACUGACGCAAGAGGUUUUGAUUUAUUACAAGAAUCAUUUAUAAUACCCAUAAAUUAUGAAGUAAAUCUACUUGUAUAG